CCCAAAACUGAGGAAUGACUUCUGUUUAAAACAUUCUGAACUUUGUUUUUGUAAACCUGAUGGUAAACGGGUUGACUAUAAGGUCAACGUUUCCUCACUGGGGAAAUGACUAAUAUUACUUAAUGUAUGAGACACCAUUGGACCUAACCAGCUCUACAUGUAGUCUUCCAUAGACAUACUCAUUUUUUUCCCUUGAUUGAUCUCCAUGCAUGUUUCUGUUUUCUUAUUUACAGUCUUCAUCAAUAGUUACAAGACUCUUUGGGGUGCAGUGAAUUGAAUACUUGACCACAAGGCCCAUCACGACAUUAAGACACUUUGGAUUCUCAGUGUGGUCUUGCUUGUGUUUGAUGAUGGAGGUUUGUGGCUCCAAGUCGUUACAUGCUGCUUCAGUGGUGUGAUGCCAAGCCCAUUCACACUACAGGUUCACCAGUAAUAACAACAAUACUAGAUGCUCUUUUCUUUCCGAGAAAGUCAUGAUACGUUUAAGUGGAACUCCAUAUCAAGUCUCUUAAUCAACAACUCUGGUUGCGCUAACAUGACAGUUUCAACUUUGCUGCACCUUCAACUACACCCAGUUUUGUUUUUUAUCCAUGUUGAGUGCUGACUAAGGUGUUGUCUAUGUGACACACUAGUGCCGGCCUGCAACAAUGAUGUAACAUUGUACUACAUGUUACAACAUAAUAGGGGGGGGAGAUAAAUGAAGGAUGUAAUUGCAGGAUGUGCGGAAUAUUCAGCAUAUGUGUAGUUAACCAACCAACCCUAUAAAAACUCACAAUGAGAGAGAUCAGCUAUAUUAAAAUAUGUACACACACACACAAGCAUACAAAAAGGACAACGCUUUCUCUGUUCUCUUUGACUCAAAAUUGAAAGUCCUGUGAUUGUAAUGAGGCAGUGCCAUUGCACCACUUAAUCCAUGUAAGUCAUGUGUGUCGAGAUGGAUUUGAACUGAAGUGUGUGUUCAAACCAGGAACGUCAAGCUGAAGGAACCCCCUCCUUCCCUUUUGUUUUUGUCUUUUGGUCUAUUGGCCUCUGAUUUAGUUUGCGGCAAGCGGACACUACCAGCCUCAGGAGUGGCACUACUCCCAUAUCUACAAUGCCAUUUUGGGCCCAUUUGGGGAACUGAUGACAGAGGAUGAUCUAAACCUCAUUGAGAAGCAAAUUGAGAACCUGCAGGUCAUGCACAAGGUUUCAGAAGUGGAGAAGGAGCUGGAAGAACUGGAGCGGGAGCUUCACCAGCUCCUUCCAGUUUCUGCUGCCCUCAACCAAGGGCACUUCUCAGUCAAUCCAAAGCAGGUACAUGGCCAAGCUGAAGAUCUUCCAGCCUGGUGCAGCAAGAUUUCUACCCUGCUAAAAAGUAUGGCCAUUCUUCUUGCCACACUGGGGGGGAAAGAGAUAGACAUCUUGGAUCUAAUAUGUCCUGGAUAUUCUCAAGAAGAGACAAGGAGUGUCAGCACGGAGCCAGGAGCAUCCGUCGGGACUGGCUGCAUCGGUCGGUCUCAGUCCUUCUCAACAAGACAGGAUGUAGAGAAAGAGAUAAAGCAGUGUGGAGUUUCAGUGAAGAACCUGAAGGCCAAUUAUGAAAUUCAAAAUGAGCAGUCUACAGAUACCUCUGCAAAUAGGGUGUACAAGCGCAAAAGGUCGCUCCCCGUGGUCAGUCAGUCUAGUAAUCGCCCAGAGACCAUUCGUGAGGACGACGUCCAUUGUUCCUCAGCUGAGGUCCCUCAGUCCCGUACUAAUGGAGAUUCACCAUUGGCGGAAGAAUCCAUCUUACCACUUGUUGAAGAGCCAAUUAUUAUUGCCUCUCAUGCUCUUAAAACGUAUGCGCCCUCUGAGGUAAUGGCCCCAACUAACAUUGAACACUUCAAUCAGGUUCUUUCUACAGACCCCAUUUUAAAUAAUGGUCAACUAACAAGAAGUUUGGAGGUUCAGACCGACCUAAGCUAUGUCCAGGAAUGUAUUGAGAUGAGGAAAGAGAGAAUUGUCUUCCUUUUCCUGGAACACUGGCGGAAAUACACCAUCUCUGAAACUUACCAGACUAAACAUGCCGGUAGCAGAGGGGGUCUCUUAGACGUGGGCUGGGGGGACUGCAACCAAUUGAGUGAACAGAUUGGUGGGGAAAUGCAGAGCGAAGACGAUAAACUCCUCCUCUUCAUGAAGUCGAAGCAGGUAGUGGGGAACCUGAUCGGCCACUGGAGGACAAUUAUGAGUCAAGUGCCCACACGUCAGAUCCGCAGGCUGAGUCGUGCACAGAUGAUCUACUGGCCAGAGCACUUCCUGCCACACAUCAGCGGCUCCCCUGUGAGAUACGAAAGCCUAACCCUUGACCUCUUCAUGCUUGGAUACUUCCAGCUGUUGGAGAUGAAUAUGUCUCGCGGUGAGCGCAAAUUCCGCCACCUCUUGUGCUACGAGAUGUUUGACCGUCUUGGCAGCCAUAAAUGGGAGGUCAUUCGGCAGUUUCACAGGGAGGUCAUGGAGGAAAUUGAGACAGGGAAGCGAGACUGGGCGGAUGGUUUUGAAGAAAUAAAACUCAAGUACUUUGGAGACUCAAACAAUGGGGGAGGUGUGAUGACGGCUUCUUUGCAUUCCAUGUCUCCUGACAUUAUGCCGCAGUCGCUCCCUCCACCACCUUCUCAUCCUCCCCCUCCUCCACCACCUACCCAUCCUGCACCGGCCCCAACACAACCUUCCCCAGCCAUCUCACAAUCACAUGAUUCUCCACCACCAUCACCUGCUGCACCAGAUGCUGUUUCUGACGAGGGCCAGUGUGCAGUGCAGGGAGCCCCGCUGAGUUCACUGGGGGAGACGACUCGGGGGGAUUUAAAAAGCAGCGAGCAGUUAUUCAUAAAUGACACUGUAGUUCUGAAUGGAAACAUUUCAGAGCAGGACCACAUGCAGAGGUUGAUGACCAAAACUGAGCAACACAAGGAUACAACAGAAAAAGCUGACGCACUGCAGAACGCAGCAGAAAGCAAAGGACCAGAUCCAGUGAAAGAUGUUCCACCUCUUUGUGUUCAAAUCCCAGGGGAACCGGAUGUGGAUAAACCUCCACCCAGGGACAAACAUAACGAAGACUCCAUUAAAGUGAUCUAUGAGCUGAAAGAGUUCAGCAAUGAUGACAUCAUCAGAUACAUUGACCGAAGCUUUGCUUUCUGGAAGGAGAAGGAAGCUGAGCUUUUUGAUAUCUAACAAAUAAGUGGACCACGGGUUCACUAAAAUCUCAGUUCCCCUGUAAACCAGAGAGGAAAUCCAUAAAGCGCAGGAUCAAACCAUCAAACUAACCCAGCCACUAAACUAGCCUGCAAAGUAUAGUAUGCUUAGAAAGGAAACUAAUCUGGUGCGUUCAGGCCAUGUCACAUGAGGGACUUAGCUGCUGCAGAGCAAAGGGCAUUCACUUAGCUGUUUUGAAUUCGCCUUUUGUAUUUGCUCAAGUGGAUACAAGAACGUGAAAGUGAUGUUGAAAGGUACACAAUUUCGUGAACCGAGACUAUAAUCAAAUAUGGUUGACUGCCAUGGCACACUACUAGGAAAGUAAUUAAACAAGAAAAGAGUUGCCAUACAGGUUGUUCACAACAUCUUUGUAAUGACUUUCAUAACUGGUGCAAUUCUGCACACGUUGGAUAUCGAUAAAAUGGAAUCGCUUCAAAAUCAAACAUCUGGAUGGAGUAGAUAAAAUACUGACAUUGUGAUUAAAAACUAAUGAAUUAAGUCUUUGUAGCCAGCCAGAGGAAAACCAAGGGUUAAUAUUUCGUGGGACCUUUUUGUUGUUUGAAAUAAAAGGGAAAUAAAGGUCUAUAGUGGGUUUGGAGGGGUGUCUGGUUCAUUGGUGGUUCACAGAUGGCCCUUAACUUUAAGCCUGACACCGUUUGCUUUUGUUAGAGAUCAUUUUCUCACAUGUCAAACAUGGGCAUUAGUUCAGCUGGAUGUCAUUUUUCUGUAAGUCUCAAAAAAAAAUAUUAAAAGGAAUGGUAAAUGCAAGGUUUAGUUAACAGGAUCUGAGCUUUUUCCUUUUUUAUUCACAGCUCAAAAUUGCAAAAGAUGCACAUAGCUGUCAGCAAGUUUCAGCAUUGACUUGAGAAAGCUAUUGUCAAGUAGAUCAAGCAUCACAUUGAGAAUUGUAACCAUCUUUUCCUUUGGUUUUGUUACUGUUUAUAAUUUGCGUUCUUCCGCGAGAUCUGCUCAAGCUUUCCACAACUUAAAUUUGUGAUCUUUUAUUAUUUGGUUACUAUCUUCCUGAUGGAAAUAAAGUUUGACAUUUUGUGAUUACAUGACUUCAGUAGUUCUACUUGUUGCGGUUCCUCAACUGAAAAACAUAGAUGAGUAAUAUGAACACAGAUCCAAGCCAAGUGAAUACAGUUUCAGAUAAUCAUCUGUACCAAUAAAAGAGCCAUCGUCUAACACCGAAUGUUCCAUCCACCUCUGCGCCGUCAGCAGCAGUGAAGAACAUGCUCACAGCGUCUCUUCUGAUGCAUCGAGAUUACCUCUGAAUAACCCUCUUAGCACCACCCGCUGUCAUGCUACCUGUGGCUUACAGGAGCCAUAAGGAGGUUAAAGUGAAUCUUCAUCGACUCACAGCCCAAAAGGGAAGGCAGUCAGCUGGUAAACUUAACGGCCUAUACAUAGAUUUGGAUUUAUGUUCAGUAUUUUUCUCCAACUGUCAUUUGUUCCACUUUAAAUUUACCAUGCUUGCAAACGGCACAAGAUCAAAUAUUUGAACUACAUUAGUAGUCCAGACAAUGGAGAGUGUUGGCAAAUAAAACAUAACAAAGGCGGUGAAUUGGUGUUGACUUCAUUGUCUAGGCAACCGUGUAGAACGGUUUUAUUUAUUCUAAAAGUAUAGUGUACAUAACUUGUAACAUGUAUAACUGAAUAGGACUUGCAAUGAUAAAUUCAUCACCAUGUCAACCAACAAGCAAAUAACGAGGAGCUAAUGAGCUACUCCUUUAAUGCCAGCAAUACAAUUACACACAGUUGCCAACACAUGAUUUCUCAAAUAUUAUAACAACAAAGCCCACAAAUAUCUAGUUCAACGUCCUUUUACAUAUAAAGGCCAGAGGAUUUGCAGCUGAUAAUUGGAAAUUCAUAACUUUCUUUCUCAGAGUAAACUAAUAACAAUGUACUGUAUAUUGCAUCUACUAUUGACUGUAAUGGAUGCUGGCCAGGCUGUUGCAACGUAUUGGCUGCACCCUCUGGCUCACACAAGUUUAGUUUUUUGGCAAUAAGGAAGACAUGGACCCGUCACAAGUAGUAAAUCUUCUGACAGGACAGGUUUGAAUUUUAAGUGGAUUUGUCCUCAUGUUGAUCGAGUAGUGACCUCUAAAAGACAUCCUGUGUUGUGUGGGCAGAUGUUUCACUAAUGAUGUCAAUGUGACAGAGUAGAUGCAAGUUAAAAUAAUCGGACACUGCUGUGCUUAAGUUCAGGAAGUCACUGAUAAAGUACCUCUACUCACACAAUUUGCUUGUGGGUUGUUUACCCCAAAGAAAUUACAUCUUUGUAAAGUUAAAUCAACAAUUAUUCCAGUAGCAAUACAAUCCAUAAUUAACUUUUUUUUAAAUUAAAAGAAAAUCUCACAAUGGCACUUCCGUACUUCAAAGCAAAUCAAACUCACUUUUUUCGGGGGGGAUUUUUUUUUUCUUUCUUUCUUUAUAAUUCCCGAGGGAAUCAUCAAUUAUUUACCGGCUAUCUAUUCCUACCUGGGAUAAUGUUUGCCAGGACAAGUGAAAUGCUCCAGUCAAUGCAAUUCACAUGGGUAAUCUAUCCUGUCAGGUGAAGAUGAGAAAUCCAAGAA